AUGGCCACAGCCGCCCCGCCGAAGGCGCUUCCGCGCUACUUCCGCAAUGACCAGCCUCUCUCCCGGAGAGACCCUUACAAGCAGCUCACUGCGUCGCUAGUCCGGCUGGUCAACGAUUACCCGCCCGACCAGAUCCCGCCGGGCGGCGGCCUCUACUAUGGGCCAAUUAGCGUGUCCUUCCUCUUCUUCCGCUUGCAGCAGCUCUAUCCGGAAAUGCUCAUCGGCGACUACCCGCUAGGCUCCUGGUCCGCCGCCUACCUGGAGCUGGCCCAAAAGCACAUGAAGGCCUAUCCCGGACCUUCGGUCAAAAAGUGCGGGGUCACCGACGACAUCAUGGCUCUGCUCGCGCUAGGCGCCGCUUCUGCAAAGGACGCAGACAUGGCCAAGGAGCUCUGCAACUAUGCUGCCGUGACUGUCGAUGAGGAUGCCGGCAAUGAAUGGCUCUACGGCCGGGCCGGGUACCUGUACCUCUUGCGCCUGGUGAGGGCUUCUUUCGAGGACGAUGCUGAUACCAAAGAGCUCAUCGACGACACCACGGAUGAAGUCAUCGAUGCCAUCAUGGACUCUCCCCGGCCGUGGAAGUGGCACGGGAAGGCCUAUCUUGGUGCGGUCCAUGGCACUAUUGGCAUCAUCACGCAGAUCGUGCUUAGCGACCCCGCCAUGGCACCAAAGCUGGAGGCUGACCUGGGCGCUGUUCUCAGCUAUCAGUAUGACAGCGGCAACUGGCCGUCCGCCAUCCCACCUGGCAGAGACCGGCUCGUACAGUUCUGUCACGGCGCUCCUGGCGUGGUUGCGUCGCUUCAGUCGAUUAGACCGUAUUUCCCCAAGAUGCAGGACCGUAUUGAUAGGGCCAUCAAGCGUGGCCAGGAAUGCAUUCUCGAGCGCGGCCUCUUGACGAAGGAGCCGUGCUUGUGUCACGGUGUCUCGGGCAACGCGCUCACGCUUGAGGACCCUGAGUUUGAGCAUUUCCUCACCUUCACCACAGGCCAUGAAAUCAAGCAGAUGGACAAGGACGGCAUGAUGGAAAAGUCGGACGAUCCAUCUGCACUCUGGUGCGGGGAGGCAGGGCGCGCAUGGACAUGGGCGGUGGCGGAGAAGCAUCUUCAGAAGAGGUUCCUGGGCUACAACGACAUCUAG